AUGAUGCAUGACAACGACUAUCAAACUGCCCUUGUGUUCGAGAGAAUCAGAAAGCUCUUCUUCAACAACUCGGAUGAACAUCUGAAGGUGAGCUGGAGGAUUUGUCCGACAACAUUUGAAAAUUGAGAUGUUAGACUGUGAGACUUCAAGAGUACUGCUUCCAUCCGGAUGUCCAACUUCUGGCUCAACUCACUUUGAGAGGAGCCCUCGAUCAUCCCGGAUACCAGCCAAACAUGACUUCCGCCGAGAAUGAGACGUGAGUUACUGUAAAAGUCGAAAAAAUCUAAGGAAUUUCCAUCAGAGAGCACUAUCUUAUGAAGCCAAUUCUGACUGCCCUUUUCGUGUGCGUUGGUCUCGUUGGGCUCAUCGGAAAUCUGCUCACUGUCAUUGUCAUCUUUAAGGUAGCUUCAUUAAUGGUCAAUGAGGAAUGGUUUUCCGUUUUCUAGACCAACUCUCUUCAUUCGCACACCAACUACUUUCUCGCUAAUCUCGCUAUCAGUGAUCUCUUUCUCAUAGUAGUUGGUGUUUCGUUUGACCUGGUGAACAUUUGGAACAAUGGACAGCCUCUCGAGUUAUUUGGUUACUGCUCGAUCACAAGUGAGAACCAGAACCAGAACCAGAAUCGAUGAUUGUGUGCAUUCUUUUUAGGCACUCUCAUUUCGUGUUUCACAUUUGCCUCCAUCUUGACCAUCAUGAUGUUGACCGCCGAGCGAUUCCAAGCAAUCUGCUACCCCUUCUCGCACAGAGCCGUCUUUGAUGAGAAGCGCGUGAAAAUGUUCAUCUUCUUCAUUUGGUUCAUCGCUCUUCUUCCGUCUCUCUACAUCGGAUUCAUGGUUACUGCCACCAUCUUCUGUUCUGCAUGUAUUUCAGAUAAUUUCAGUUCAAACGUGUGGUCACUGAUUUCUGCGGCUACAAUCGCCAGAUGAACUACGUGGGACAGUGCGACUUGGUCACAUCACCCGACAGUUUCUUCCGUUACCCAUUCGAAGUGAGAGAAAGAUCCAGGCUCCUCGAAUUAGUGUCAUCUUUCAGUCUGCAAUGGCCAUCACCUUCAUCGCUCCGUUGUUCUUUAUCAUUUACUGCUACUUCCGCAUCCUAGGUUGGAUUAGGUCUUGAUUUAACGUCUGACGCCCAUAUUUCAGUCACUUUGAACGAAAUGUCUAACUCUACCCUUGUCCACACUCCGGUCGGAACCGCCCGCAGUGACAGCGGACACUUUCAAUUCCCCCACACCUCGAACAACUCCAACACUCAAAGUUUCCCACUGACCGUCCACACUAAGAACGUCCAGCCCCCGAGAAGCCAGCAAGCUCAGAAAAUGGUCAUCAAAAUGCUUGGUGAGCAAGGUUUUCAAUCCAAUCCGGGAUCUAUAUCUAUUUUUAUAGUUACCGUGACCGGCGUCUUCUUCGUUUGCUACCUGCCGUACCAUGCCCAACGUCUCAUAGUCAAAUACAACCGCGCCGAUUGCUCGCAGUCUUUCUGGUGCAAACUUCUCUACCCGAUCACCGGUAAUGCCACAUUGAAAUGAAUGAUAUGCAACGCGUUUACUUUCAGGAAUCCUCCAAUACGUCUCCGCCUCUCUGAAUCCGAUUUUCUACAAUCUGAUGUCCGUUAGAUUUCGCGCCGGAUUUAAGAAGCUCAUCAACGACAUCUGGAGCCGCAGAGCCCGCCGCUACAGCGAUCUCGCCCGAGUCUGA